CAUCCGCCAUUUUGUCUUGGCGGGGGCUUUGAUAAAAUGUCCCUAAAAAUCACCGAUUUGUCUAGUUUGCAGUCUUUUUUGGCCUCAAAAGACAACACAGUUAACAAUGUGUACAUUUCGGACAUCCCCCAAGUGUGUAAGGACUUCCCCUGUCUUCUUGGAAUUGACGAAGCCGGUCGAGGACCAGUUUUAGGCCCCAUGGUGUACGGAACGGCCUUCUGCCCCCUCAACGAGGCCACCCUCCCCGAUUCGUUGGGCUGUGCCGACUCCAAGGCCCUAACUGAGGAGUCACGUGACGAGAUUUUUACAAAAAUUUGCGAAAAUCGUAAAAUAGGCUGGGGGGUGGAGGUGAUAGCCCCCACGAGCAUUUGUAAUAGUAUGUUGAGUCGUCAGAAGUAUUCCCUGAAUCAGGUGUCAAUGGACGCUGCGAUUAAUUUGAUAAAAGGGGCGUUGGAGGCGGGAGUUAACGUGUCGCAUGUUUAUGUGGACACGGUGGGCCCCCCUGAGAAGUACCAAGCGUACUUGAAGGGGCUCUUCCCCCAAUUGGGGGUCACUGUGGCCAAGAAGGCCGAUUCGACGUACCCCAUUGUCUCGGCGGCGAGUAUUUGUGCGAAAGUGACUCGAGAUCAUGCGUUGAAGGUGUGGGCGUUUGGGGAGGAGUUGGAGGUGGGGCGAGAGGAUUUUGGGAGUGGCUAUCCCGGGGAUCCCAAUACGAAGAAAUUUCUGGUUCAGUGGCGGGAUCCUGUCUUUGGGUACCCCCAAUUGGUGAGGUUUAGUUGGGCCACGGCGAGUGAGGCACUCAAGGAGGCGUAUCAUGUCGAUUGGGAGGAGAAUGAGGACAGUGCCCCCAUUGGGAACACUUCUAUUACUGCGUUUUUUAAAAUGACGAAAAAUCAUGCAGGGGCGAAGCCCCUGCAUGAUUUUUUCACAUCACGGUGUCUAACUCGAAAAGUUGAAUUUUGAUUUUUUAUUCCUUGUUUUUUGAAAUUGCCAUUUUUUUAAGCCGAUCAAGGAAACAAAUUUAAAUUUAAAAAUAUAGUUUGUGUUUUUUAUCAUUAAAACGAUUUUUAAUUUCUAAUUUUUUUUUCGGAGCCAACGAGGGAAACAAAUUUAAAUUUAAAAAAUAUGGCACAAAAAUGCCAAAAAUUCCAACUCCUUAGUUGUGAAAACUUUACCAAA